GGUGGCGGUGGCGGCGGCCGGGAGUGGGGUGGCGAGCGGCCAGCGCGACACGCGCGGGUCCGGACCUUAUGUGGUGACUCGUGCUGCCGUCAGUGCCUCUUGCCCCGCCGGCGGGGCUCGGGCUUCCCGCGGCGGGAUGUUCUCCCGAAGGAGCCACGGGGACGUGAAGAAGUCCACCCAGAAGGUGCUGGACCCUAAGAAGGACGUGCUGACCCGCCUGAAGCACCUGCGGGCGCUGCUGGAUAAUGUGGAUGCAAGUGAUCUUAAGCAGUUUUUUGAGGCCAACUAUUCUCAAAUAUAUUUCAUCUUCUAUGAAAAUUUUGUAACACUGGAAAAUAGUUUGAAAUUAAAAGGGAAUAAUAAAUCACAAAGGGAGGAGCUGGACUCCAUCCUCUUUCUUUUUGAAAAAAUACUACAGUUUCUACCUGAACGAAUUUUCUUUCGAUGGCAUUACCAGAGUAUAGGCUCAACUUUAAAGAAGCUUCUACACACUGGAAAUUCUAUAAAGAUAAGAUGUGAAGGAAUCAGGCUGUUUCUUUUGUGGCUUCAAGCACUUCAGACAAACUGUGCAGAAGAGCAGGUGCUGAUUUUUGCAUGCCUCGUGCCUGGUUUCCCAGCAGUCUUGUCAUCCAGGGGGCCCUGCACACUGGAGACACUCAUCAAUCCUAGCCCUAGUGUAGCUGAUGCAAAGAUAUAUCCAGAAGAGAUAACUCCACUCCUACCUGCCAUAUCAGGAGAGAAAAUCAGUGAGGACCAAACCUGCUUUUUUCUUCAAAUAUUGUUGAAGUAUAUGGUUAUUCAGGCUGCAAGCUUGGAGUGGAAGAAUAAGGAGAACCAGCAUACUGGAUUUAAGUUUCUUUUUACACUAUUUCGAAAAUAUUAUCUUCCUCAUUUGUUUCCAUCUUUUACUAAGUUAACAAAUAUCUACAAACCUGUACUUGAUGUCCCACAUUUGAGACCAAAGCCAGUGUAUAUCACCAUAACUCGAGAUAAUGAAACCACAUACAGUACCAAAAUUCCAUACAUGGCAGCUCGUGUUGUUUUUAUUAAAUGGAUUGUAACCUUCUUUUUGGAAAAAAAGUAUCUAACUGCAACACAAAACACUAAAAAUGGAGUUGAUGUAUUACCUAAAAUCAUCCAGACUGUUGGUGGUACAGUGCAAGAGAAAGCACCAGAGCUGGAUGGUAGUGGGCCUACAGAGCAGGACAGAGGCCAUUCUAACAGUAGCACCUUGUCUGACCGAAGACUCAGCAACUCCAGCCUUUGUAGCAUUGAAGAAGAACACCGAACAGUGUAUGAAAUGGUACAGCAGAUCCUCUUGUCAACACGAGGUUACGUCAAUUUUGUCAAUGAAGUAUUUCGACAGGCAUUCCUGUUGCCUUCCUGUGAGAUAGCUAUAACAAGAAAAGUAGUUCAAGUAUACAGAAAGUGGAUCCUUCAGGACAAACCUGUAUUCAUGGAGGAACCAGAUAACAAAGAUGUUGCCCAAGAAGAUACUGAAAAAUUAGCAUUUUCAGAGGCUGAUAGCAAAGAGGCCUCAUCUGAGAGUUCUGGUCACAAACGAUCUUCCAGUUGGGGACGCACAUAUUCCUUCACAAGUGCCAUGAGCAGAGGGUGUGUGACAGAGGAGGAUAAUACAAAUGUGAAAGCCGGGGCCCAGGCUAUGCUGCAGGUCUUUCUUACAAAUGCUGCAAACGUCUUUUUGCUGGAACCGUGUACUGAAGUUCCCAUGCUCUUGAAAGAACAAGUUGAUGCUUGUAAAGCUGUUCUGAUUAUUUUUAGGCGCAUGAUAAUGGAACUUACAAUGAAUAAAAAGACAUGGGAACAGAUGUUGCAAAUACUACUCAGGAUAACAGAAGCUGUCAUGCAGAAGCCAAAGGAUAAACAAAUAAAGGACUUGUUUGCCCAGAGCUUGGCAGGGUUACUGUUCAGGACACUCAUCGUGGCUUGGAUCCGAGCAAACCUCUGUGUGUACAUUUCUCGGGAGCUAUGGGAUGACUUUCUUGGUGUGCUGUCAUCCCUCACAGAAUGGGAGGAACUCUUCAAUGAGUGGGCCAACAUCAUGGACUCCUUGACAGCAGUGCUUGCAAGAACCGUUUAUGGAGUUGAGCUGACAAAUCUACCUCUGGAUAAAUUAAGUGAGCAAAAGGAAAAGAAGCAGCGAGGCAAAGGUUGUGUUCUAGAUUCUCAGAAAGGGACCACUGUGGGAAGAUCCUUUUCUCUCAGCUGGCGGAGCCACCCAGAUGUGACUGAGCCAAUGCGAUUUAGAAGUGCUACUACAUCUGGAGCCCCAGGAGUUGAGAAAGCAAGAAAUAUUGUUCGUCAAAAAGCAUCCGAAGUAGAAGAGUAUCAACAAGCAGAAAAUGCACCUGCAUUUGAAUCUGGUCAUCUUGUGGUGGGACAGCAUCAGGUCCUUCGGAGCAGCAGCACCUCUGACAUCACUGAACCACUGUGCUCAGAUUCUUCUCAGGGUCAAAAAGUAGAAAAUGUACAGAAUUUGAGUUCUUCAGAACCCAAGUCUACUCAAGAGAAUAAAGGACAUAUGAGGAGAGAACAUGAAGGAGUAAUGAUCUUAGUUCGAAGAAGCAGUAGCCCUGCUGAACUGGAUUUGAAGGACGAAUUGCAACAGACACAAGGAAAGUGUAGAGAAAGACAAAAGAGUGAAAGUACCAGCAGUGAUGUGGCUCUGGGCUGUAACAAUGAAGCAGAGCUGUCAAUGAACCCGUGGCAGACAUGUGAAGAGGACACAGAACUGAACACUCCCACAGAUGUGGCUGACUCUGAUGCCCGCCAUUGGUUACAACUAAGUCCAACUGAUGCUUCAAACUUAACAGAUAGCAGUGAGUGCCUCACAGAUGACUGCAGUAUAAUUGCUGGAGGGAACCUAACUGGUUGGCACCCAGACUCUGCUGCUGUGCUCUGGCGAAGAGUCUUGGGAAUCCUUGGAGAUGUGAAUAAUAUCCAGUCACCUAAGAUCCAUGCUAAAGUUUUUGGCUAUCUCUAUGAUCUCUGGUACAAACUGGCAAAGAUUCGGGACAAUCUAGCAAUAAGUCUGGAUAACCAGUCUUCUCCAUCUCCUCCACUCUUGAUCCCACCACUCAGAAUGUUUGCAUCAUGGCUAUUUAAGGCAACAACACUGCCGAACGAGUAUAAGGAAGGAAAACUGCAAGCCUACAGGCUGAUCUGUGCCAUGAUGACCAGACGCCAGGAUGUUCUGCCAAACUCGGAUUUCCUGGUCCAUUUUUACCUUGUGAUGCACCUGGGAUUAACCAGUGAGGACCAGGAUAUCUUAAACACCAUCAUAAGGCACUGUCCAACCCGCUUUUUCUCCCUUGGUUUGCCUGGCUUCUCAAUGCUCAUGGGGGACUUCAUCACAGCCGCUGCUAGGGUCCUCAGUACAGACAUGUUGGCGGCACCUCGUUCAGAAGCUCUCACCAUCCUUGGUUCUCUGGUCUGUUUUCCAAAUACCUAUCAGGAGAUUCCUUUACUUCAAUCAGUGCCAGAAGUGAAUGAGGUCAUUUCAGGAACUGAAGAUGUCAAGCAUUACCUCAUAAAUAUUUUACUGAAGAAUGCCACUGAAGAACCAAAUGAAUGUGCAAGAUGCAUCGCCAUUUGCUCCCUCGGGGUUUGGAUUUGUGAAGAGCUUGCACAAUGUACCAGCCAUCCUCAGGUGAAAGAGGCCAUCAAUGUGAUAGGUGUAACUUUGAAGUUUCCUAACAAAAUUGUGGCUCAAAUGGCUUGUGAUGUUCUUCAGUUGCUUGUUUCCUACUGGGAAAAGCUUCAGAUGUUUGAAACUGCUCUGCCUCGGAAAAUGGCAGAAAUUCUUGUGGCCACAAUUGCUUUUCUUUUACCAAGUGCUGAAUACUCCUCAGUGGAAACAGAUAAGAAGUUCAUUGUGUCCUUGCUCCUCUGCCUUCUGGACUGGUGCAUGGCAUUGCCAGUGAAUGCACUUCUCCACCCUGUGUCCACAGUGGUUCUAGAGGAACAGCACCCAUCCCAGGCCCCCUUGCUGGAUUAUAUCUACAGGGUUCUGCACUGCUGUGUUUGUGGAUCAAGCACAUAUACCCAGCAGAGUCACUAUACACUGACUCUGGCUGACUUGUCAUCCACGGAUUAUGACCCCUUCCUGCCACUAGCAAAUGUGAAGAGCUCCGAGCCAGUUCAGUACCAUUCUUCGGCAGAAUUGGGAAACCUGCUGACUGUUGAAGAGGAAAAAAAGAGGAGAAGUGUGGAAUUGAUUCCCCUGACUGCCCGCAUGGUGAUGGCCCACUUGGUGAACCACCUGGGCCACUACCCCCUCAGCGGAGGCCCAGCCGUGCUGCACAGCCUUGUCAGUGAAAACCAUGACAAUGCCCAUGUGGAAGGUGCUGAGCUGUCUCCUGAAGUGUUCAGGAGCCCAAACCUGCAGUUGUUUGUAUUUAAUGAGAGUACCCUCAUCUCCUACCUUCAGACACCAUCAGAAGGGCCAUCUGGAGCAUCACCAGGAGGUUCCCUUUCUGACGUAAGAGUCAUCGUAAGGGAUAUCUCAGGGAAGUACUCUUGGGAUGGUAAGGUUUUAUAUGGACCUUUGGAAGGCUGUUUAGCACCUAAUGGAAAAAAUCCCUCAUUUCUGUUUUCGGGCUGGUGUCAUCACACAUGUGGACCUCAGAAAGACGUGUCUCAAAUUGAAAUUGAUGAGGGUGAUGAUGUCCUUGACAAAUUACUUGAAAACAUUGGCCAUACAAGUCCUGAAUGUCUUUUACCAUCACAGUUAAAUCUAAAUGAGCCUUCCCCACCCCCAUGUGGAAUGAACUGUGACCAAGAGAAGGAAAUCAUUGAAGUCAUUUUGCGCCAGAGCGCACAAGAAGAUGAAUAUGUUCAAAGAUGUAACUCUGAUUCUGCAAUGAGAGUCACCAGCCAAAGGCAGCCCUCACCUGUAGAGCCCCGAGGACCCUUUUAUUUUUGCAGACUGUUGCUGGAUGACUUGGGAAUGAAUUCUUGGGACAGAAGAAAGAAUUUUCAUCUGUUAAAGAAAAACUCAAAAUUAUUGAGAGAGCUGAAAAAUCUGGAUUCCCGUCAGUGUCGUGAGACACAUAAAAUUGCAGUAUUUUACAUUGCUGAAGGUCAAGAAGACAAGUGUUCAAUCCUGUCCAAUGAAAGAGGAAGCCAAGCAUAUGAAGACUUCGUUGCUGGUCUUGGAUGGGAGGUUGAUCUCUCAACCCACUGUGGGUUUAUGGGUGGCCUUCAACGCAAUGGCAGCACAGGGCAGACCGCCCCUUACUAUGCUACCUCGACUGUGGAAGUGAUUUUCCACGUUUCCACUCGGAUGCCAUCAGAUUCAGAUGAUUCACUUACCAAAAAGCUCCGUCACUUGGGGAAUGAUGAGGUCCAUAUCGUCUGGUCUGAACACUCCAGAGACUACCGCAGGGGGAUUAUUCCAACUGCCUUUGGAGACGUUUCGAUCACUAUUUACCCAAUGAAGAAUCACAUGUUCUUUAUUGCAAUAACGAAGAAACCUGAGGUUCCAUUUUUUGGGCCUCUGUUUGAUGGAGCCAUAGUGAGUGGGAAGCUGCUGCCAAGCCUUAUAUGUGCCACGUGCAUCAAUGCCAGCAGAGCUGUGAAGUGCCUCAUCCCACUUUACCAGAGCUUCUAUGAAGAGCGAGCUCUGUAUCUCGAAGCAAUAAUUCAGAACCACCGUGAAGUCAUGACAUUUGAGGAUUUUGCAGCUCAAGUCUUUUCUCCCUCUCCCAGCUACUCGCUCAGUGGAACGGAUUAAAAUACCUAAAGGUCUCAUUACAAUAUUGGAGCAAGGAGUUGGCCUCCAGGCUGAGUGUGGACCUCAAGAAGCCUGUCAGUGUGGAGCAGACAAAGAAGAUUCCCACCCUUCAGCCCCCAGCCCCAGAGACCACAGGAAGGCCUGUGUCUGUGCCAGUGCCCAUAGCAAGCCUCCGGAAUACUGGGCCUCCGAAGUCGGAGGUGAAUCCCACCAAACCAGUCCCAUGGAACUUUGAGAUGACAUGCUACCUUGUUUUGAGAACACGCAAACCUUGAGCCUCCAAA